AUGAAAGCAAUUUUGGGUUCCCACGUUUCCUACAACAUCACCCUAUCUUCGAGUCAACCCGUAUUUUAUGGUGUCCCUCAAGGAUUAAUACUGGAUCCGCUGCUUUUUUUACUCUAUUUUAACGAGACUGAAAAGCAACUCGAGAACUGCGAAAUUAUGAUGUAUGCCACGGUCAUUAACUUUCAUCACAACAAUAUAUUUUCAAUCGAACAUGCACUCACCAAAGACUUAAAGAAUUUAUCUGACUGGUUAGAAGAAAAUGAACUCAUCUUGAACCUUAAACAAGAAAAAAACAGAGAUAAAAUUAACAAUACAGAAAGAUACCAGUAUCUAGGAGUCAACCUGGAUCCACCACUGACUAUGGUUGAUCAUUUCAACUCUGUAUACAGGAGAGUAUCUGGGAGACUUCGAAUGUUACGUAAAAUUAGAUCUCAUCUAUCAGCUACCGCAGCACUGCGUAUCUAUCAGGCUAUGAUCGUACCGAACGCAACAUAUUGUUCACUUACAAAUUACUUCCACCAGCCAUACAGAAUGCAUAUGCUCGAGUUACUAGAUAGCACAUAG